CUGACAGCGGUUGAUCACGUGAUUGCUGCGCUUUAGUUGAUUGGCUGCUUAUCACUUCACCGGCGAUUGUCAGGGAAGGAAUCUCUCGGUGACAUGGGGCUGCUAACGAUCCUGAAGAAGAUGAAGCAGAAGGAGCGGGAGGUCCGGCUGCUCAUGCUAGGUCUAGAUAACGCUGGUAAAACCACAAUCCUGAAGAAAUUCAAUGGUGAAGAUAUAAACACAAUUUCACCGACUUUGGGCUUCAACAUCAAAACUUUGGAACACAGAGGGUUCAAGCUGAAUAUGUGGGAUGUUGGAGGCCAAAAGUCCUUGCGUUCGUAUUGGAGGAAUUACUUUGAGAGCACAGAUGGACUGAUUUGGGUUGUAGACAGUGCUGACCGUGCUCGCUUACAAGACUGUGCUCAAGAACUAUCCGGACUCUUGUUGGAAGAGAGAUUGGCUGGAGCAACUUUAUUGGUGUUUGCUAAUAAACAGGAUUUACCCGGUGCACUGUCUAAAGAUGCAAUUCGAGAGGCAUUGGAGUUGGAGAACAUCAAGACACAUCACUGGUGCAUACAAGGAUGUAGUGCAGUGACUGGAGAAAACCUCCUUAUAGGCAUAGACUGGUUACUGGAUGAUAUAUCCAGUCGUAUUUUUACAGCAGACUGAACGAUACUGGAAAAAAUAAUAAUAAUAAAAAGAAGGUUGAGAGAUGCAGUUUUAUCCACCUGAAGGUGUGUUGGGAAAAGCCUCCCACAGAGAGACUGGUAUAAAGUAAAUACUAUGGUUGAAACAACUGACACAACUAAGUCUUUAAUACGCCUAAUACACGGUCAGGCAGAAAACAAUGUUCUCUAUUAGCCCAUGCCGUUUAAUGUUAUCUUUCUAGUUUAUUAAAAUGCUUCCGGUACA